AUCUUCAUCUUCCCCCAAAUUCACAAAUACGAUUCCAACGCUGUAUACUCUCAUCUUCCACCGCCACCAAAAAAUGCCAUGUCUUAGCAAUCUCAUCAAUUCACCGCCUUCAGCUUUACCAGACCUCAAGCCCAUUCUCUAUGAUAAAGCAGAAUUGCAGCAAGGACCAAUUGCCAAUGGUCUCAAUCCGGAAUUCCACAAUCCGCCUUCCUUCGAUGAAGAUGGAGGAGGGGACAUCCACACCAAAAUUCCCAAGCUCCAGUGGCUCUUCCUCGUCGGUGCUCCCAAAUUGAUUCAGUGUGGUGUUUGCCGAAGUGGAGUCUACCCUGAGGAGAAGAUAUUGUGCACUGUUCGUGGUUGCAAGGGUGUUUUUCACCUAAUAUGUGCUAAAGAGAGUCUGGGUUUUUCAUCCUCAAAGGAAAAUCAGUUUAAGUGCCCUCAACAUGCUUGUUUUCUUUGUAAGCAAAAAAAUCAUUUGUGGCGAUGCAUAAGAUGCCUGGUAGCAAGUCAUGAUAAAUGUGCUGCGUUUCCAGAGCAUGUGGUCCGCAUUCCUAACCAGCCAGGUGAAGUUAUAUGUUGGAAGCAUCCUACUGAUUGGCGUCUAGAGAAGCAUGAGGUUCCUGCAAAUAUCACGAAGGAUAUAUUUUCUCUAUUGCCUCUUCCAUAUACUGAGCAGGAGUUCAAAAUUGACAUAAAUUGGAAAGAUCAGGCGGAAACUAAGUUGGAGCCACGUUCAUAUGUUCACAUCAAACGAAAUGUAUACCUUGUAAAGAGAAAACGCAAUAGUAUUGAUACUGAUAUUGGAUGCACAAACUGCAACCAAUGCUCUGAUGGUUGUGUAUGCAGGGUUCAGUGCAUCAGCUGCUCAAAAGCUUGUCGUGCUCCAAACUGUAAAAACCGGCCCUUUCAGAAAGGAAAGAAAAUACAGAUUGUGAAGACGGAGCUCUGUGGUUGGGGUGUAGUGGCUGCUGAAUCAAUCAGUAAAGGAGAUUUCAUAGUAGAAUAUGUUGGAGAAGUAAUUAGUGAUGCCUCGUGUGAAAAAAGGCUGUGGGACAUGAAAGACCAGGAUGCUAAGAACUUCUAUAUGUGUGAAAUUAAUAAGGACUUUGUGAUUGAUGCGACAUUCAAGGGAAAUGAAUCUCGGUUUCUAAAUCACAGUUGUGCCCCUAACUGUAAACUGGAGAAGUGGCAGGUUGAAGGGGAGACACGCGUUGGUAUUUUUGCUUCCAGAUUAAUUGAAGUUGGAGAACCACUGACCUACGACUACCGAUUUGUACAAUUUGGGCCGGAGGUUGAGUGUCAUUGCGGAGCUCCAAACUGCGGUGGCUACCUCGGAACCAAAAGGAAGAUCGUGUUUUCCCAAGCUACAAAAACCAAGCUGGAAUUGCACGUAUCGUGGGGUCCUAAAAGACAGAGGUCUUCUAAGAAGAUAGUGGUAGUUACAAAUUGAGUUCAUACCAAUUUUUGGGGGAGCAUGUAUGCUUUGGUGUGUGUAUAUUGCUUUGAUUGAGCACAUCAGCUUCAUUUUUACCACUAGUUAGAUCAGAUCAUGUCCCUGCAAAUUGUUAAGGUAUCCUCAUUUUUCUCUAGUAACCAAAGAACUGCAAAUUCUGUUAGUGUUGAUGUUGA